AUGGGCCGAAGUAGGGGCCGGCUACAGGCCGGACUCCUGGUGACUUUGUUUUUUUUACCCGGCCUGGUUCUCGGUCAGGAACAAAAUGGGGACGGAACCUCGUUUGGAGAAAUGUGUCUUGGCCAAUUUACGGCCGGGUUUCCGGAGUUUGUGCUGGACACGAAUGCCUCGGUGGAGAACGGCGCGACCUUCCUGGCUUCGCCGCCGGUGGAAAGCAGCCGCGAUUGCGUCCGCGCCUGUUGCAAGAACCCGAGUUGCAACUUGGCCCUGGUGGAGCAGAGCCCCGCAGGCGAUCCCGACGGCGUCCAGAGCUGUUUCCUCCUCAACUGCCUUUACGACCAGGCUUUGGUCUGCAGGUUUGCCAAGAAGGACGGCUUCCUGAACUAUGUCAGACGGGAGGUUUACAACGCUUACGCGACCAUGCGCAACCGAGGCAACAGCGAUGAUCAGCCGCCUAAACCUAAAGCUUGGAUGGAUGUGAAAGUCCAGCCCAGUAGCGAACCAGUAAUAUUGAAUGGCUCAGAAAGUACUGAUGAUAAUGGAAUUGUGAAUUAUGAAUGGAGUCUUCUUUCUGGUGAUUCCUCGGUGGUAAUGCAGAAAGAGAACAAUAGUAUGAUGCUUUUGAAUCUGAAGGAGGGGAUUUAUAUCUUCCAAUUCACCGUAACAGAUACUGCGGAUCAGCAAAACUCCAUCAACAUCACUGUCACUGUACUUGAUGCUGAUCAGACUGUAGAUCAUUGCCUGGCUCCUUAUAAAGUGGGACGGUGCCGAGGUUCCUUCCAUCGUUGGUACUACAAUCCUGAAAUCGAGCAGUGUCAACAGUUCAUUUUUGGUGGCUGCAACGCCAACAAGAACAAUUAUGUCAGAAAAGAGGAAUGUAAUCUUGCCUGCAAGAAAGUGGAAGGUGCUGUUGAAAAACGUCAAGAACCAAUGUGCAAUGGAGAUUGCCUGCCCUUCUAUUUCAAAUGUGAAGAUGGCUGCUGCAUUGACAAAGUUCUAGAAUGUGACGAAACUCCAGAUUGUCGAGAUGGGUCAGAUGAGAAAUUUUGUGAUUCGUAUAUUCAAGGAUUCAAUAAGUUACAGAAAAUCAAUAUUACUGUCAGAACUUAUUGUUUGGAUAUGCCAGAUACUGGACCGUGUGAAGGAAGUCUACUUCGCUGGUACUACAACCCUUUGACUGAGAAGUGUGGUCGCUUCACCUAUGGAGGCUGUGAAGGCAACAAAAAUAAUUUUGAGCAGGAAGAAACAUGUAUGAAAUUAUGUAGAGGUGUCACAAAGGAAGAUAUGAUUGGGGAGAGAUGGAGAGGAUACGAAUAUCAACAAGCCAGUUUAAGUGCUUUUGAAGUGGCCAUUGCUGUGCUCCUUGGUGUCUGCAUCAUGAUAGUGUUGGUAGUCCUUGGUUACUUCUUCCUAAAGAAUCGAAAAACUUACCGAAGACGUCGUCAGCCCCCUACUGUGGCUAAUUCCACUCUUUCUUCUGUCUUAUCAACUGCUGAAGACACAGAACACCUGGUAUACAACAGCACCACAAAGCCCAUCUGAUUCUGUAAAAUUAUCCUCCAUUUCUGGGAAG